UCGGCGUUUCCCUUCUGCCGGCGCCCUUCCCUCUCCGACCGUCGAUCUACUCCCCGAACCGUCAAUGCCGUCGGGCCCAACUCGUCUUCCUUCCCCAAUCCUCAAAAACAGAUGCAGCAGCAGCAGCAGCAGCAGCAGCAGGUGAGGACUUUGUUCCCCGGCGGGUUCAAGCGGCCGGAGAUUAGUGUCCCCACCUUGGUGCUCCGAUUAAGCGUUGACGAGUCGCUCGAAAGGGGGCCUACCUUCUAAUUGCUCUCCAUUUGUGGGAACAACUUGAUUCAAUUUAAUAUUUACACAUGUAGGUACAUAUAUAUUAUAUUGUUAUACUUCCUCUGUAUUGUGUGAGGUCCAGUGGGAAGGUUAGAGAGAGAGAGUGUGUCACAAUGUCAUUUAAUGGACGAUACACUGAUCAGGGGUAUAGGGGUACCAGGGGUGAAGAUUGUACAGAGUUGCUAGUAGGCAACUAACAUGAGAUGAGACCUAAAUGGGCAAUGAUGGAUCAAGCGUAACACGAAUGAUGAGAGGAAGAGAAAAAGAGAGAAGAAGAAGACCAAGAGGAAGAAUACUUAGUAGGCAACUUGCCCACUAUGAGCAAUGCAUGGGCGAAUUUAACUCUGGAAAAUCUACUAUUAUCAAUGCCCUUCUUGGACAGAGAUAUCUCAAGGAAGGAGUGGUUCCUACUACAAAUGAGAUCACAUUGCUUUUGCAUUCUGAGACAGAGUCCGCCAAAUACAGCCGCUGCGAAAGAAAUCCAGAUGGACAAUUUAUAUGCUAUUUGUCAUCUCCAAUACUCAAACAAGUUGCCUUUCUUCUUUAUGUCCAGCAGUGGAAGAAAAAAGUUGUAUUUGUUUUAAAUAAAUUGGAUCUUUAUCGAACAAGCAGUGAGCUUGAGGAAGCAACUUCCUUUGUAAAAGAAAAAGCACGUAGACUGCUUAACUCAGAAGAUAUAAGGUUAUUUCCUGUAUCUGCACGGUCUGCUUUGGAUGCGAAACUCUCCUCUUCAAGUUACAGUGUGGUAAAAUAUAAGGAAGCCUUGUUUAGUGAUAGUCGUUGGAUGAGCAGCCAAUUUUAUGAGCCAGAGAAGUUCUUAUUUAGUCUUUUAGAUGGAACAACAGAAAGUGGCUUGGAGAGAGUGAAGUUGAAACUUGAAACACCACUUGCUAUUGCUCACAAGCUAUUAUCUUCCUGCCAAGCACUUGUAAAACAAGAAUAUGAAAUUGCCUGUGAGGAUUGAUUUCAAUCACUGGAAUCCUUAGCAGUGUAAAAGACUAUUCUGCAAAAAUUAAGAGUGAUAGGAAGAGUAUGAAAUUGCCUGUUACAUGGAGGAAGAGUAUCACUUCUUUGAUUGAGACAACAAAAUCUCGAGCACUGAAGCUGACAUAUUCCCUCCUCAGAUUGUCAAAUAUUGAUCUUAUUCCUGCAUAUGCUUUGAAAGCAGAAAGAACUGGUUCUACCUUCACUAUCUCAACUUUCCAAAAUGACAUCAUUAAUCCUGCUCUUUCUGAUGCACGAGUAUGUUUUUUGUUCUAAUUUAUAAUUUCAGAUGUUCCUUUCAUUUCUUUUAAGCAUAAGCAUAGUUUCUAGUUCAAUUAAUGUACAUGGAAUUGGCUUAACUGAGCAUAUUAACUAUGAUUUUUUCUGCAUCUUCUUUAAGUAGGACCUUGUAAGUGUAGUGUGCAUGCUGCAUACUUCCAUGUGUAGAACUACAAGAAUUGCUGAAUAGUAUCAAUAUUAUACUUCCAUGUGUAGGAUCUUUGGUACGAAGUUCACUAUAUCUAUAUUAUACAAUCCUUCCCAUAAACAAUCAAAUUAUUUCAAAAAUAAAUAAAUAAAUAAAAACUUAGAAGAACUGGCGGAUAGUAUCAAUCUGUCGGCGCUCAUAUUCCUCCGUUAGCCAAGUUGUUGUUUUGGCCAAAGGAAGCACUGCUAGCAAAGGAUGGCACAGGGAGCAAGUCGACGGGCUCGGUGGAUCCGAGGGACGAGAAUCUAUGGAAGAGUAUGCUGGAGGAGUGAAAAGGAUGCAGCAAUGUUUACGAGGGACGAGAAUUUGGUGCGGAAGACUACUCGAGGAUAAGGCCUGAGUUGAGUUCAGGUGAGCUCAUCUCUGGAUGGCCGGAGAAUCAUCCAAGCGACUGGAGCGGAAGACCGGACAAGUGAACAUAGUGUUGACUUGCCCAGGCACCCUGACUCCGGGCGUUCAGAGAGGUUACGGGCGCUUGUACCGCCUAGGGAGCGCCCUCUUCAGAACGUUGUUGCGAAUAAAGGAUUGGGUCCACGUCAGCAACAGUCCAGGCGCCCAGUCUAUCUAGGGUCCUGGAUAAGGAAAAUUUUUAUCUUUGAGCUGUUGCGAAGCUAAUAGAAUUUGCACCGUGGUCCCUUGAGUUGAGUAAAGAAGAAAAGAAGAGAGAGGGCGGAUAAAUUUGUACCGUGGUAGAAUUUACCCUAAUUUUUUAUGUGAUCAAAGGGGGAUAGAAAUUUAGCCGGUUAAGGGGGAGUUAGUAAUUUGAGAUAAUUUGUAAUAUUUUACUUAGUACUUAAUUGAACUAUCUUACUUGUAAUAUUUGCGAAAUUAAUUUAUUACUUAUUGUAUGUUUUGAUUAACCCUAAUAUAACUUGGGUUAGAUGCAUAUCAAAAAGGUGGAGAUUGUAAGUACUCCCGGGUUGGUUUUGAUGUGGUCAACCAAGUCAAGUUAGAUCCUAUAAUGCUUUGAUCUGUGUUUAAGUGUGCAAGAACUUAGGAACACAAGAAGUUGAGCGAAAGACGUAGCGGACGAGAAGGAUGGCACCAGGAGCGAGUCGACGGGCUCGGUGCUUCCAAUGGACGAAAAGCUGCGGAAGAUUAUAUCGGUGGAGUGAGAAGAAUGCAUGCGACGUUUCUGACGAACGAGAAGCCUGAGUGGAAGAUUGCUCGAGGACAAAGCCGGAGUUGAGUUCGGGUAAGCUCAACUCUAGAUAGCAGGAGAAUCACCCAAGUGAUUGGACCGGAAGAUCGGAUAAGUCAACACAGUGUUGACUUGUCCAGGAGCUUGGACAUGUGCCCAGACUCCGGGCGCCUGAAGAGGAUUUGGGCGCUCGAACCUCCUUGGGUGCCCGAACCUCCUUAGGCACCUCCUCUUCAGAACGUUGCUGCGGAUAAAGGAUUGGGUACACGUCGACAACAGUCCAGAUGCCCGGACCGAUCCAAGCGCCCGGACAAGGACAAAUUUUAUCUUUGGGUCGUUGCGAAGACGAUAGAAUUUGCACCGCUAGGGGUGCCUGGAUAGGGUCCAGAUGCCUAGAGAUGUCACGUCAGCAAACGACAAUUUUCAACUAGUGGGCUAUAAAUAAAGCUCUGGUCUUCUUCAUUUAUAAUGACACUUGACAACACUUAUUGUACUUCAAUUUUCAAUUAUGUCUUUUGUAUUCGUGCUUUCAAACGUUGUACGGGGCUUCUCCACUUCCGACCUAGCUCAAAGGAGACUUCGCUAGUGUUAACAUUGUCUUAGAUUAGUAAUUUUUCCGGUUGUAAAUCAAGUAAAAUUCAGUAACCUCGAAUUUCUUUUAAUGUAUUUUUUAUUUUUAUUAUUAAGUGUUUGUCUAAUUAAAGUUGAAAGAACGAGAAGAGUAGUUUUGUUAUUUCAGGACAAUUCACCCCUCUUGUCGGCUGCACCGGGACCAACAGGAUAUACGUCUCCUAUUCAUGGACAAGCCUCCUAGCACAAGCCCGAGUGGUCCCAGAGCCGGUCGGACCUAUGGAACUCAGCUCCCUACUUCUCAACGGCAAGGUUCCCAACACAAACCUAAGUUGUCCCAGAGCCGUUCGAACCUACAGGGAUCAGCUCCCCACUUCUCAGCGGUAAGGAUCCCAGCACAAACUCAAGUGGCCCUAUAGCUGGUCAAAUCUACCGGGCUCAACUCCCCACUUCUCAGCUCCCCUAUCAAAGAAUAGUCGCCACACGCCUGGAAAUAUAUAUAUAUAUAUAUAUAUAUAUACACACGCAUGGAACUUUCUGCUACCCAAGGAGAGGCUACUGUAUAUCCUCCAUUGUUCGACAUAUUUUGACAUUAGAUAUUCUCUAACGUCUCAUUAUUGUAGAGGUUAUGUGAGACAUUAUAGAAAGGGGUUCUCUAUGUUGGCUAAGGGUACUUACAUACACAUACUCGCACAUGCAUACGUAUCCACACUGUUGUUCUACUGUUCAUCUUUUUCCA